ACCAUACCCUUCUUUCGUCCUUUAAAAACCCCUACACCCUCUCUCUCUCUCUCAUCAUAACAUCUUUGAGCCAACUAUAAUCUCUAUAGCUAGCUCAACCAAAUUCCAUAUUCCCCUCACAAAACAUCUUAGCAAACUCAUAUUUUUCUUCCUUCAAAAAAAUUUCCUCCCUUUGUCAUGGGAGCCUUUCCACUUUUCCCACCAAUUUCCAAAUGUAGCACAAAAGAUAGAUCAAACCAAACCGUGGCAUCCGACUUAGACGGCACCCUUCUCAUGUCGCGAAGUGCAUUUCCAUACUACAUGCUCGUCGCACUCGAAGCUGGAAGCAUUCUAAGAGCUUUAAUUCUCUUAUCCUUAGUCCCUUUCGUAUAUUUCACGUACCUAUUCGUCUCGGAAACCUUGGCAAUCAAAACAUUAAUCUUUGUGACAUUCGCGGGGCUAAGGAUAAAAGACGUGGAGAUUGUUUCUCGGUCAGUGUUGCCUAGGUUCUAUGCCGAGGACGUGCAUCCAGAGACAUGGAGAGUGUUCAAUUCGUUCGGGAAACGAUACAUUGUCACGGCUAGUCCAAGGUUGAUGGUUGAGCCAUUUGUUAAGACAUUUUUGGGAGUUGAUAAGGUGCUAGGGACUGAAUUGAUGGUUACAAAAACAGGAAGGGCAAGUGGGUUUGUUAAGGAACCAGGAGUUCUUGUUGGUGAACACAAGAAAGAGGCAGUUAUGAAAGAAUUUGGAAGUGACAAUUUGCCUGAUUUGGGACUGGGAGACAGUGUAACUGACUCUGACUUCAUGUCUAUUUGCAAGGAAGGAUACAUGGUACCAAGAACCAAAUGUGACCCAUUACCAAGAAACAAGCUUCUAAGCCCAAUUAUUUUUCAUGAGGGUAGAUUAGUCCAAAAACCAACCCCUCUAUUUGCACUCUUAACCUUCUUAUGGAUGCCAAUUGGAAUCAUACUUUCAAUCUUAAGGGUGUAUCUCAACAUCCCUUUACCUGAAAAAAUUGCUUGGUACAAUUAUAAAUUACUUGGAAUAAGAGUAAUUAGAAAAGGUACACCUCCACCACCACCCAAAAAAGGUCAAAGUGGUGUUCUAUUUGUUUGCAACCAUAGAACAGUUUUAGAUCCAGUUGUUACAGGAGUUGCAUUAGGAAGAAAAAUAAGUUGUGUAACUUAUAGUAUAAGUAAAUUCACCGAAAUAAUUUCGCCUAUAAAAGCCGUUGCGCUUUCAAGGGAAAGAGAUAGAGAUGCGGCAAAUAUAAAGAAAUUGCUUGAAGAAGGUGACUUAGUGAUUUGUCCGGAAGGAACGACUUGUAGGGAGCCAUUUCUAUUGAGGUUUAGUGCUCUUUUUGCCGAGUUAACCGAUAGGAUUGUCCCUGUCGCGAUUAAUACUAAGCAAAGUUUGUUUUAUGGAACAUCGGCUCGCGGACACAAAUUGUUGGAUCCUUAUUUUGUGUUCAUGAAUCCUAUGCCAACUUAUGAGAUCACUUUCUUGAAUCAGUUGCCUUUGGAAUUGACUUGCAGUGGAGGGAAAUCUUCAAUUGAAGUUGCAAAUUAUAUUCAAAGGGUUCUUGGAGGGACUCUUGGAUUUGAAUGUACCAAUUUAACAAGGAAGGAUAAGUAUGCUAUUCUUGCAGGAACAGAUGGAAUUGUUAGAUCUACAAAGAAAGAUUAAAAUUGAAGGGAACAAAUGAAUCAAUUUCGAUUUUCUAUUCACUACUAGAAAAAGUUGAAUUAUUCACCAAAUUAAAUUACAGAUGAAAAAUUUAAAAUUUGUCUUUAAUUUUGUCGCUAAAUGUCAAAACGGCAAAUUUAAAGACUGGUUUUAUCUUUUUCGUCUGAAAUUUCCGUCGAUAAUUCAUUUUUUUUAAUAGUGAUUGAUUGCCAUGAUGUUUAAUUUCAAAGUUUUUAUAGUUAUCAGAAUAAUAUAAAAAAUUAUUGUGUUUAUGUUCCUAAAAAUAACAUCUUAUGUACAUUAUUAUUCUGAUAAAUACAAGUAGUUGAUUUAUGUUGUUGAGGGUUAUAAAACCUAUAGUACAUCUUUCUGAUGUAAAGGUUAUACUAUAUACAUACAUAUAUGAUUUUUCAAUGAAGUGUAUUACAGUUAUGGCAUAUAUAGUACUGAUUGAGAUGUAACAAUGUGGCAUAUGGGAUUCUUAGGCA